AUGGAACCAACAUGUUUGGAUACUUCACUCAAUCUCAACGCUCAUCCUUCUUCUGUGCACACGGAUGGGGUUUUGGUGGAAGAGUUGCGUCGACUGAGUUGUGAGAACAAGAGGUUGACUGAGAUGUUGACACACUUGUGUGACAACUACAUGGCUCUGCAGAAGCAAUUAACCCAAUUGAUCAACACAAAUUUUGAGCACGACCCAGUUGAAUCACGCAAGAGAAAAGCAGAGGGUGAAUGUUGUACCAACAAAUUUGGUGUUGUUAACAACAGUAAUGGUGAUUCCAGCUCCAUCACAGAGGAUUCGUUAAAAAGGUACAAGGAUUUCAACUCCUCCCCCAAGGUUUCCAAGGUUCUUGUCAAGACCGAAGCCUCCAACAAUAGCUUAUAUGUGAUGGAUGGAUAUCAAUGGAGGAAAUAUGGUCAAAAGGUCACUAGAGAUAACCCUUCUCCUAGAGCUUACUUUAGGUGCUCCUUUGCCCCAACCUGCCCUGUUAAAAAGAAGGUGCAAAGAAGUUUAGAAGACCCUACCAUACUUGUAACAACAUAUGAAGGAGAGCAUAACCAUGGUCAUCAAAGAGGUGAAAUAUCACUUGUUUCAAACCAGAGUGAAGGCCCUAAAGGGUCAAGUCCUGUUUCCUCACCAACACCCUCAAUUCCAAGUGCUUGCCCCACUCUAAUGCUUGAUAUGGUCAAAUCAGGAUUGGUUGAAAGUGCCCAAAAGUCAUCUGUCCAACAAUUUUUGGUUCAACAAAUGGCUUCUUCUCUGACAAGGGACCCCAAUUUCACCACAGCACUUGCCACUGCCAUUUCAGGAAAAAUUCUAGGGGCCAAAUGGUGA